CUCCAAUGGAGCUCCCCGCCUGAUCACGAGGCAGUUGGAGAGGCAUGUUUCAAGUCAUGGAGCUACUCAGCAAGUAACGUCGCUUUCCUUCGUCUCUUCCCUCACCCCUCCCCCUCUUCACACCUCGAACAUCUCGUGGCACGCCGGCAUCAUGCGCAUGCUGCUCUCCUUCGUCGUCGUUGCAGCUGGUCUGCUCCAGGCUGCCAUUGCAUCCACCCUCACUCCACCCGUGCUCCCCCUCAUAGUCCGUAACCCGUACCUGUCCACCUGGCUCGGCAACGCAAGAGAAGAGCCAUGGCAGCAUUGGCCGAUAUUCUGGGCAGGCCAGUCGGUCGGCCUAUCCCUCCUCACCUACGUGCCCGACAGUGCCAUCGUCUACCCCCUCCUCGGCCGAGCGCAGGACUCGCUCGACCACUCCUCCAAGCACUACAAUGUCAGCGAGCCCGUCUACCUCGGGGCGCAGUACGACGCCUCCACCACCAACCUCUCCUACUCCAUCCCCUCGCCGCAUGGCCGGCACGCCGAUGCCGCCAAUCUGACCAUCUCCUUCCUCUCUCCCAUCACGCCCACCUCGACUCUGCGCCAGUCGUUGCCUGCGAGCUACAUCUCCGUCCACGUAAAAGGUAACUUCGAUGUGCACGUGUACAUUGACGUCAAUGGCCAAUGGGUCAGUGGGGACCGGGGGUCACAGAUCGUUUGGUCGUUCGCGCAAGAUGAUGGCGAGCAGGAUGGCACGGCGUUGCAGACGUUCAGCGUGAAGCGCAGAGACGAGUUGUUGUUCACCGAGCACGGUGAUCAAGCGGAAUGGGGCGAGUUGCACUUCACCGCUCCCCUGGGCAUCAAGUAUGAGGCGGGUGUCUCUGGAGACUUGCGCCGGUAUUUUGCCAAAAAGGGGACCUUGACUGACCGAGUGGAUACCCACUUCCGUGGCAUUAUGGACGAGGAGCCAGUCUUUGCAUUCACCAAAGCUUUCCACCUCAAUUCCAACUCGAGCCACUACAACGAAUCGAGUGCCAAAGAGGGCAGUGUGGUCUUCACCAUCGCCCACGUUCAGGACCCUGUCACGCAAUUUGCCUCUGGUCGUGGCCUGACCUGGAUGCGUCCGCUUUGGAAGUCUUACUUCUUCACUGCAUCGUCGCUGGUUGCGUAUCACUACAACGACUAUCAUCAUGCCUCUCAACUUGCUGCCAACUACUCCGCUCAGGUGGCCAAAGACGCUUUUGCAAGCGGCAGCGACGACUACAAAGACAUUGUAGAGCUCAGCGCCCGCCAGGUCCUGGGAGCCACUUCAUUCUCUGGUACGCCUGAUAACCCUCUUAUCUUCUUGAAGGAGAUCAGCAGUAACGGUAACUGCCAAACGAUCGAUGUCAUCUUCCCGGCCUUCCCGUUCUUUUUGUACACCAACCCGAGAUGGCUGGCAUAUCUUCUGGAGCCUUUGAUCGAGCACAUGUUGAGUGGGCAGUAUCCCAAUCAGUAUGCCAUGCACGAUUUAGGAGCGCAUUUCCCAAAUUUGACCGGCCAUCCUCUUGGCCGGGACGAGUAUAUGCCCGUCGAGGAGUGCGGCAACAUUCUCAUCAUGGGACUGGCGAUUGUCAAUAGCCUUUCGCACGGUGAUGGAUGGUCCGCAAACUCGAUGUGGAGUGCACUUGGAACGGCGAAAGAUGCAGCGGCAACCGAGCGUCUGGCGGAUGGUGUGACCCCAUUUGCCCUACCUGAUGCACUGGAGAUUAGAGAUGGCAUCCACGGUCUGGAUGAUCAAUGGGGCGGCGUGACUGCAAAGCACCAGGCACGCAAGUGGGUCUCUCGGUCGUACAGACUCUGGAAACAAUGGACCGGCUACUUGGUCGAGUUCUCUCUUCUGCCGGAGAACCAGCUGUGCACCGACGACUUCGCCGGCUGGCUGGAGCUGCAGACGAACCUUGCCCUCAAAGGCAUCAUCGGAAUCAAAGCCAUGAGCGAGCUUGCGCAGGUGGUGGGUGAGCGCGGAGACGCGAAGUACUACCGCAACAUCAGCGAGGUGUACAUCAAGGACUGGGAAGGAUAUGCAAUGAGUCCCGACGGCGGCCGCGCGAAGCUCGCAUACCACUGGCAAGGCAGCUGGACAACGCUCUACUCCCUCUUCGCCGACGCAGUGCUGUGCUUUCAUCCCAACGGCAACUUCAGCGAGGACAGCACCCGCCUUCUCGUCGGCGGCGAUGACCAAUUGCCCAUCCUUCAGCAAGAAGCCACCACCUCACGCAGCAAGAACUUCAUCCCCAACCACAUCUACACCACGCAAUCCCGCUGGUACGCGAACGCGAUGCAAAAGUACGGCCUCCCGCUCGACUCGCGCCACCUGUACACCAAGUCGGACUGGGAGUUCCAGGUGGCGGCGGUGGCGUCGCGCAAGACGCGCAAGGAGAUUCUCGCGCGCGUGGCCAGGUGGGUGAAUGAGACCGCCACGGACCGGCCGCUGACGGACUUGUAUAAGACGGAGGAGGACGGCGGGUUCCCUGGGAAUCGCUUUACGGCGAGGCCGGUGGUGGGGAGUCAUUUUGCGUUUUUGACGCUUGAGAGGGUUUGUGGAGGGCGGGCGGCGGGGGUUUUUGAAUAUGAGGAGUGAGAUGGUGGUGGAGAGCUGCAGAGGUGAUGUUUGAGUGGAUGUUUGCAUGGAUAGUCGUGGUCAUGUAGCCGGGCGAGUCGGAAUUAUCACCCUGCAUUGCUAUGUUGAGUGUCCUCAUAUCAAUGCGCCUCACAGCUGC